AUGUUCUCCACCAAAUCAGCCCAGUCCCUCCGGAAUCUCUUCGCCAGCUACCACGAACCCCCGCCCAUAUCCAAGCAGCAGUCGCAGAAGCUGCUCGACGGCCUCAAGGCCUCCUUCCGAAGCCAGCUCGACCGCGAAUACGGCCGCUCGUCCUCCGCCGACGCCGCCGCCGCCGCGCCCGCCAACAGAGCCGGAGAUGCUGCCGCCGACACCAACCAGGGCACCACCACCACGCGCCGGCGCUCCGCCGCGACUCUGCAUCUAAAGUCCAUCCUGGCGAAUCCCUUGUUCAGCUAUGACAGCAGCAGUAAACAAAACGCUGCAUCGCACCUGCCUAAGGCGCUGUGGGUGCCGGAUCGCGAUCCCAUGGACGUCUUUGAUCAUGCGGUUUCGCGGGGCAUGAUGACGCUCAAGGCGGCCACAGGCUGCUUGGUGGCCAAGGGGCAGCAGCAGCAGAUGGGGGAGGGGAAUGCACCACCUGUCGCAGCUUCGGAUACGGCUCUGCGAGUUGUUCGGUGGCUUCGUUCCUCUGGUGCUGAGAGCAGCCUUCAAUUUCUGGACAAGCCAGGCUUUGUUCAAGCUCUGGCGCCGUUCCUAGUGGCUGAGAAGAUGGAAGGCAUAGCGUGGGAAUGGAUCACGCGGACAAUGAACGAGUCCGCAAACAUCAGCGAAGAGCAGCGCAUCGCCCGUGCGUCGUCUUUGUUGUCGCAGCUCGUCCGCAUCAAGAGCCAAUCCCACUACGGGAAUCUCGAUGCCGCCAUCCAGGCAAUCCUCGAAGCAGAGCAACUCUUUGAGCACAGCCCUCUACUCCCGAAAUUGCUGGUCCAGCCGUGGAGAUCCGUGUCCUGGCUCUCCACCGUCGAGGCAUACAGCAGAGCGAUGCCAACAGAGAAGCUGUUUGAAGCCCACAUGGCCACGGCGCAACGACUCCCGCGACCGUUUCCGGUAGAGACGGCGCAUCUGCACUUGCACCACCCGACGCAUCCCGACCACGCUCCCGCCAUGCGCUUCUUCCACGACAAGAAGAGGCUGCGCAAGCUGGUGCAGGCGCUGGGCCCCGAGAAGGUCAACCUCGCCCGGUUUACGGGCAUGGGCACGAUACCGUGGAUCGCCUUUUUGGGUCACGACACGGUCAAUCACUUGCAGCAGUCUGGGAGGAGCGAGGAGGCACGCGGCAUUACCAACAUUUUGCGGUCUGAAUUGUCAGACAUAUUUGCCGAAACGUUGACACCGGCAUGA